AUGGCUGAUGCUCCUCCCCCUACCCCAUCCGAGCUUCUGAAGAUGGUGACCGAGCUUCAACAAGCGAACCAACGGAUGGCGGAGGACAAUCAGCGAAUGCAAAAUCAAAUUGCGCAACUGGUGAAUGCUCGUCUGGAGCAUAAUAAUAAUGAUCACGAACAACACGGGAAUGAUGAACGACAAUCACUACCAACUCAUGUCUCUGAUACACCACAGAAUAGGAAUGACGAGGAGCAACAGAAUGAAGAGGCCCAACCCGAAGAUGAGGGAGAAAACCCUGACAACUCUGUGGGACCGUUCACAGCUGACAUAAUGAACUUCCAGCUCCCCAGACAGUUCACUCUACCGACCACAUUAACCCCAUAUGACGGACUGGGAGACCCAAAGCAACAUGUUAAAAAAUUCCGAUCAAUCAUGAUUGUUAACGGUGCCUCUGAUCCUAUUUUAUGCCGAUGUUUUCCUUCUUUUUUAGACGGUCCUGCACUUGACUGGUUUUGCUCUUUGCCUGCAGAUUCUAUAUCACGUUUUCAGGAGCUAGCCAAACAGUUUGAGGAUCAUUUUGCAGCCUCGGCGAUAUAUCUCCACGACUUUGACUACUUAACGACCAUCAAACAGGGUCCACAAGAAAGUCUAAAAGAUUAUAUAACUCGGUUCACUAAGGUCGCCAUGAGUAUUCCGGAUCUCCAUCCGGAGGUUCACCUUCAUGCCAUUAAAAGUGGUCUUCGUCCAGGGAAAUUCCAGGAGACCAUCGCUGUGGCCAAACCGAAAACUUUGGCUGAAUUCCACGAAAAAGCUAAGGGGCAGAUAGAUAUCGAAGAACUUCACCAAGCGCGGAAGUCAGAUAAGUCGGCCACUAAAGACGACGAAAGAACUCAUGAUACCAAGAAGGGUUUCAAACCAGUCCCCCGUUACGAAUCAUACACCCAGUUCAAUACCAAAAGGGAUGAUAUCAUUAAGGAAAUUUUGAAUUCAAAACUGAUUAAACCUCCUCGCAAGGCAGGGAAUUACCCUGAGCCAAAAAACGUCGACAAAUCAAAAUACUGCACCUUUCACCAGAAGCAUGGCCACACAACUGAUGAGUGUGUAAUUGCUAAAGAUCUCCUGGAACGGUUGGCACGACAAGGCCAUCUCGAUAAAUUCAUUGCAGGACAUAUGCAAAAGAGAACGGCAUCCAGCUCCGAGCAACCCUCAACAGGUCAAUCGUCAAAGGAAAAAGAUAAAGCCCCGGCUCAACCACGGGAAGUAAUCAAUUGUAUUUCAGGAGGCUAUGCCGGUGGAGGGAGUACAAGCUCGGCCAGAAAAUGA